GCAGGUGAGAGGAGCUCAGGUAAUCUGCACCUGAAACACACACUGAGCUUAAACACACACACACACACUCACACACUCAGACCUCUGAGGAGCGGAUUAUACUGCACACACACACUCGAGGCUUGGACACCAGAAACCUGCAUCACACGACAAGCAGGACCAUGAUGGCCUCCAGUGAGUUGAGCCACAUCCUGAAUAACGCUAACGCUAACCUGUACCCCAGCGAGACGAGCCUGCAUCCCGCCGGCUUUCCCACCAUGCACCGCAACACACCAUUUAACGACACACACUACUGCAACAGCAACAACAAUGUACACAGUACAGUCGGUCCAUGGCAGCAGCUGAACCCUCAGUUCUGGAGCAGACGGAACGUUCUGGACUGGAUCGACUUCCAUGUGGAGGACAGUAAAUACGACGCCUCGCUGCUGAACCUGGAGUGCUGCAACAUGGACGGCUCGGUGCUGUGCUCGCUCAGCAGGGACGCCAUGACGGCCGCCUUCGGGCCGCAGCUCGGGGAGACACUGCACCAGAACCUCGAGAACCUCAAACACAAACAAGCUGAGGACAUCACACAGAACUUCAUGCUGAACGAGACGUAUGAGCUGCUGAACAGCUUCCUGUUGGACCUCCCCCAAUCCCCGUUCAGCGAUGGUCCCACGCUCGACAGUGUGAUCGUCCAGAGUGUUGCCACAGAUAACAAAGAGAGCGACUUGAGCUACUACAACGAGUAUAAAACGCAGCUCACACCAGGCAGUGACCACGGCUACGAGUCGUACUCAGAGAGUCUGCAGAGCUCCAUCCCAGGAGGACUCAUGAACCCGAGUUCUCCCGAAUCCGCUGGAAGUGAUUCAGAACACGAGUACGCAGAGACGCAGCACAAUUACUCACCAAAGAGCUUCAAGCAAGAACCAGUGGAGAAGAAGAGACGAGGCCGCCCUCCUAAACUGGGCCGCGGCUCCGAGCACUUCAUAGAGAACAAAAAGAACAAGCAUGCCCCGCGCGGUACACACCUGUGGGAGUUUAUCCGCGACAUUCUGAUCCACCCGGAGCGGAACCAGGGCCUGAUGAAAUGGGAGGAUCGCAGAGACGGCGUCUUUAAGUUCCUGAAGUCGGAGGCCGUGGCUCAGCUGUGGGGUCAGAAGAAGAAGAACACCAGCAUGACGUAUGAGAAGCUGAGCCGAGCUAUGAGGUAUUACUACAAGAGGGAGAUCCUGGAGCGCGUGGACGGCCGGAGACUCGUCUACAAGUUCGGGAAGAACUCGAGCGGGUGGAAGCUGGAGGAGUUGGGAGUGUGAGGGGAGCGUGGACAGAGUCAUGAGGAAGACAUGAUGAAGGACAUUAGCGUAGAGACGCAGGUCAGCGUGAAGGCUGGUUUUGUAGCUGAACUCCCCGCCCUGAGGGAGGAGCGUGACAGAGACGCUGUAAGCCUGUACUGGCUAAAGUAGGUUUUAUGAACCAAUAAUAAGGUCGUGUUGUAAUUCAUGAUACUUUAAAAUGUUAAAAAAAUUGACACUUCUUUGUUUUAAUGACCGGAUUAUGGUGGAGCUUUUGAUGAAGGUUACGAAAAAAACUCUAAGCCUCUGUUACAGUGCUGUUUCUAACAAACACUCAUCCACUACCCCUCCUCACUUCCACUAAUCACCCUAAUUCUCUCCACCAUCCCUCCUGAACCCUCAGAACAGUACAAUCCAGCAGGAACAUCUCUAAUGGUCUGCCUUAAAGGUUUCCAUUAGACAAUAUCUAAGAACUCUCAAACACCAUCUCAAUCAGGCGAUCAGGAACCAUUAGGAGACUCAUUCAUUAAAGUCCAGACCAUUAGAGUCCACCAGAAACACAUUAAACUCCUAUCAGGAAGCACUGAACACCUCUGAGUGUCUGAAAGGUUUUGGUGUAUUGAGGGUUUUGGAGAUGUGCAGGUCGUGGGAGGGCCCACGUGUCCGAGGGUGCUUCAGGAACCGCACUGAAACACGGCGAGUGUAAAGCUCUACUUUUAUAAACCUUUUCAGGUCUUGUGUCUAAUGAAAAACAAGUGUCAAAAGUUGAUGUUUUAUUUUUUACACUUUGAAAUGGAAUCGUUGUUGUUUUUGUUUAAAUGUAGAACAAGGAGAAGAGAUAAAAACCCUCGCUCGUUUUACUGCCGUGUGAAGUUUCUGCAUGUCACCUGCAUCACAUGACUUUAUUCUCUUUAUACAGCUCCAUAAAAAAUCUGGUGUGUGUGAGUGUGUGUGUGUGUGUGUGUGUGUGUGUCCUGAGGGUGAGGGCUUGUUCUGUUCAGAUGGUGUGUGUUUUAAUCACACACACCGUCUCCUGUAUGAGACGUAAUCUCAGAUUGAUAUCACAAAAGCGAUAUACACUACUGCGUACAACAUAUUGUUUGUAUUUUGUAUCAGAAUGUUUUUUUAAAUAAAAAAGUUUUAUGGAAUGAAAAUCAUCA